AGACUUCUUGAUUUUUGGUUGUGUCGCUGUCCCCCCGUCUGAGGCUCGUUAGGUCGUGUCGAUAUGAGCUCCGCUGAGUCGGAGGAACAGUCAGAUGAGGAGCAGCCCAUAUUCCGUCCCUUCACGAGGGAGUCCUUGGCGGCCAUUGAGGCUCGUAUCGCAGAAGAGGCCGCCAGGAAGAAGGAGCUAGCUCAGAGAGCGGAGGAGGGGGCGACAGGUGGAGGCUUGGGGGACACCGAAUUGUACAUUCCCACCCAUGCGGAGGAGAUCCUCAAGCCUGACCCCAUAUUAGAGGCUGCCAUGCCCCUGCCUAAGACACUGCAUUCAGAGUUGCCUCCGGAAUUGAUUGCCACUCCUAUUGAGGACAUAGAUCCUUUCUACAAAAACAAAAUGACGUUUGUAGUCAUCAGUAAAGGUAAAGAUAUCUUCCGGUUCAGUAGUACCAACGCCCUGUGGAUUCUAAGUCCUUUCAAUCCCAUCCGUCGUGUUGCCAUCUAUGUGCUCGUCCAUCCUCUUUUUAGCUUUAUGGUCAUUGUCACCAUCCUCGUUAACUGUGUUCUCAUGACCCUGCCCUCUAACGAAAAAAUAGAGCAGUCCGAAAUCAUCUUCACCACAAUCUAUACCAUUGAAUCUGUUGUUAAGGUAAUUGCUCGUGGUUUUAUACUUGAAAGUUUUACAUAUCUCCGAGAUCCCUGGAACUGGUUGGAUUUCAUCGUGAUAACAUUAGCGUAUCUGACAAUGGGUGUUGAACUAGGAAACCUGAGUGCCCUCAGAACGUUCCGUGUGCUUAGAGCCUUAAAAACAGUAGCUAUUAUUCCAGGUCUAAAGACCAUUGUUGGUGCAGUGAUAGAGUCAGUGAAGAAUCUUAAGGAUGUGAUUAUUCUGACAGUCUUCUCAUUAUCUGUUUUUGCCUUAUUGGGAUUACAAAUAUAUAUGGGUGUCCUGACUCAAAAAUGUGUUGAAAUUCCACCUGCCAACCUAUCUCAUGCUGAAUAUGCAAUUUUUAUAAAUAAUGAAACAUCUUGGUAUGAAGAAGAUGGAAAUUAUCCACUUUGUGGAAAUAGUAGUGGUGCAAAAUCCUGCCCAGAAGGAUAUGAAUGUCUUCAAGGUCUUGGAAAAAAUCCCAACUAUGGUUACACAAACUUUGACAACUUUGGGUGGGCUCUUUUGUCGGCAUUCAGACUCAUGACACAAGAUUUUUGGGAAUCUUUAUAUCAAAUGGUGCUAAAAUCUGCAGGCCCUUGGCACAUGCUCUUCUUUGUUCUGAUCAUUUUUCUUGGGUCAUUUUAUUUGGUCAACCUUAUCCUAGCUAUUGUCGCCAUGUCCUAUGAUGAUCUACAGAAAGCAGAGGAAAAAGAAGCAGCUGCUGAAGAGGCUGCAAUAGCUGCAGAGGAAGCGGAGAGAAUAGUGGAGGAAGAAGGAGGGAAUGAAGAAAAACCUGGAGGUGCUGUAGUCAAGAGUCCUUCAGAUUUUUCUUGUAGGUCUUAUGAACUUUUUGUGGGACAGGAUAAAAUGACAGAAGAAAAGGAUAUGAAGGAAAGAGCUAGUAUUAAAAGUGCUGAAGGUGAUAGUGUUUGUGAACAAAAGUCAUGGUUAAGUGGAAAGGUUCGAAAGGCAAGCCUCAGUCUUCCUGGCUCACCUUUCAACCUUAGGAGAGGAAGCAGAGGGAGCCAGUUCAAUUGGCGUAGUAGUGGUCGUCGAUAUGGAGACAGAAAACCCUUAGUGCUUCAAACUUUCAUGGAUGCACAAGAGCAUCUUCCCUAUGCAGAUGAUAGUAAUGCUGUAACACCCAUGUCUGAGGAAAAUGGUGCCAUAGUAAUUCCCGUUUUUCCAAAUCUGAACUCUAGACAUUCCAGUUAUACCUCCCACUCAUCACGCUUAUCUUAUACCUCCCAUGGUGACAUUUUUGCAAAAGGUUUGACAAAGGAAAGUCAGCUCAGAUCUCGCUCAAGGAAUCUCCAAGGCCUUUAUCAUGAGGAUGCUACAAUGGAAGGUGAUGACUGCCUUGCCAAAAAUAAACAUCAAGAAAACCCAUUCGUAGAACCUUGUCAACAUCAAACUUUGGUAGAUAUGAAAGAUGUGAUGGUUCUGAAUGACAUCAUAGAACAAGCAGCUGGAAGGCAAAGCAAAGCUAAUGAAAGAGUGUCUAUCUAUUAUUUUCCUACAGAGAAGGAGGAACAAGAGAAGAUCAAGCUUAAAGAACGUUGCGUGGCGCAGUGCUUGAAAUGUGUAGACAUCUUCUGUGUUUGGGACUGUUGCUGGUGUUGGAUACGCUUCCAAGAGUUUGUCUCUCUCGUUGUCUUCGAUCCCUUCAUGGAGCUGUUUAUCACACUAUGUAUUGUAGUCAACACCCUCUUCAUGGCAAUGGAUCAUGAUAAUAUGGACCCAGAAUUUGAAAACGUCUUAAAAAAGGGAAACUAUUUCUUCACUGCAACAUUUGCUAUUGAAGCUGGUUUGAAACUUAUAGCUGUCAGUCCAAAAACAUACUUUAGAGAAGGUUGGAACAUAUUUGAUUUCAUCAUUGUUGCUCUCUCUUUGUUGGAACUGACUCUAGAAGGUGUACAAGGGUUGUCUGUGCUUCGAUCUUUUCGGUUGCUACGAGUUUUUAAGCUUGCCAAAUCUUGGCCAACAUUGAACCUUUUGAUAUCAAUCAUGGGAAAGACAGUAGGAGCAUUAGGAAACUUAACCUUUGUCCUUGGAAUCAUCAUCUUUAUAUUUGCUGUCAUGGGAAUGCAACUGUUUGGGAAGAACUAUGAUGAAAAGAAAUAUUUGUUUCCUGAUCAGCAGGUUCCUCGCUGGAAUUUCCGAGACUUUAUGCAUUCCUUCAUGAUUGUCUUCAGAGUGUUGUGUGGAGAGUGGAUUGAAUCCAUGUGGGAUUGUAUGCUGGUCUCAGACUGGCCUUGUAUUCCUUUCUUUUUAGCAACUGUUGUCAUUGGCAACUUGGUGGUUCUCAAUCUUUUCCUGGCUCUCUUGCUUUCUUCGUUUGGUGCCUCAAAUCUCUCUCAGCCAACCUCAGAUAGUGCAGAUACCAAAAAGCUACAGGAGGCUAUAGAUAGAUUCCAUAGAGCAUCAGCAUGGAUAAAAUUUCAAAUGUUAAGACUGUUGAAGAGUUUAAGGCCAAAAUCAAGGAAUCAAAUAGCAGACCAGACAACAGAUAUUCGAGAGGAGAUUGAAGACUGUCCUCCAAGAGGAGGAUUAUUGUUUGAUGGUCAGGUGCUCAUGAGAGAUAAAAAAAAUACAAAAGAACAAACAGAGUUGGAUAUCAUUGUUGGAGAUGGCUUGGAAGUAGCACUUCAUGAUGGCCAAGCUGUAAAAGUCAGGAUGAACAACAAACCAAUGAUGAAUUCUGUCCCCUUAGGCUCCAAGACUGAAUACAGGGAUAACAACAGAGUGAAGGAAAAUGAAAUUUCAGGCAACAAAGUACAUCCUUUAAGAGAAGAAGUGUUUGGUGAGAAAGCCAAUCAUAAUCACAUGGACUGGAGAGGUGAAAUUCUUGUUGUCAGUAGGCCAGAUAUAGGAUGUAGUAUUAAUGUUUCUCCAUCAGUAAGUAGUGAUGAUGAAAAAAAAGAUUCCAGCAAAGAAGAUGAAGAGGAAAAUCAAGAAACUCUAGAAGAUGGUGAAGAUAUAGACAUUGAUAAAUUUGAAACAGCAAAUGAAGAUGCCAUAAUUGCUGAAGACCCUGCUGACUGUUGUCCAGACUGUUGUUAUACAAGAUUUCCUUGUUGUGUUGGUGAUGAUGACUCUCCUUUCUGGCAGUUUUAUAGGAGAUUGCGAGCCAAAAGCUAUUGGAUAGUUGAAAACAAGUAUUUUGAAACAGUUGUAAUCACAAUGAUAAUGCUGAGUAGUCUUGCCCUGGCUCUAGAAGAUGUACACUUGAAGAAUCAACCUACGCUUAAAGAAGUUUUGGUCAUUGUUGACAAAUUCUUUACAGUCAUCUUUCUUUUUGAAAUGUUACUUAAAUGGUUAGCAUUUGGUUUCAGAAAGUACUUUACUAAUGCUUGGUGCUGGUUGGACUUUACAAUUGUGUUGGUGUCUCUGGUCAAUCUUACAGCUACCGCAGCAGGGGUGACAAAAAUCCAAGCCUUCAAGACUAUGAGAACCCUGCGUGCUCUGCGACCUUUGAGAGCCCUUUCACGCUCUCAGGGAAUGAGGGUAGUGGUCAAUGCCCUAAUUCAAGCCAUCCCUGCCAUUUUCAACGUAUUAUUGGUUUGUCUGAUCUUUUGGCUCAUUUUUUCAAUCAUGGGAGUUCAGAUGUUUGGAGGAAAGUUCUAUCAAUGUGUAGACGGCAAUGGCACUCGGAUAAACAGUACAUAUAUUCCUAACGUUGAUGCUUGUUUGGCCAAAAAUCUGAGCUGGGAAAAUCCACUGAUUAAUUUUGACAAUGUAUUGAAUGCAUAUCUUGCCCUUUUCCAAGUAGCCACUUUCAAAGGUUGGACAGUGAUAAUGAAUAGUGCAAUUGACUCUAAAAGUGAAAAAGGGGUACAACCUGAUGAUGAAGUCAACAUCUACAUGUACCUUUACUUUGUCUUCUUUAUCAUCUUUGGUUCAUUUUUUACACUGAAUCUUUUCAUUGGAGUCAUCAUUGACAAUUUCAACGAACAGAAGAAAAAGGCAGGAGGGUCUCUGGAAAUGUUUAUGACAGAAGAUCAGAAAAAAUAUUACAAUGCUAUGAAAAAGAUGGGCUCAAAGAAACCAAUGAAAGCUAUACCUCGUCCUCGAUUUAAACCUCAAGCUGUUAUUUUUGAUUUGAUCACCAAUACCAAGUUUGACAUGGCCAUCAUGAUCUUCAUCAUGUUGAACAUGAUUAUAAUGGGCUUGGAUCACUAUCACCAAACAGAUAUGUUUGAGCUUAUUGUGGAGAGACUAAACAUCUUCUUUAUUGCAGUUUUCACUGCUGAAUGUGUGUUAAAGAUCUUUGCCUUGCGAUGGCAUUACUUCAAGGAACCAUGGAACGUAUUUGAUUUUGUUGUGGUUACACUGUCAAUCUUAGGUGUUGGACUUAAGGACCUGAUUGCUGCAUACUUUGUCUCUCCUACACUUCUACGUGUAGUUCGAGUUGUUAAAGUUGGCCGGGUGCUUAGGUUGGUGAAGGGAGCUCGAGGGAUCCGGACCCUACUUUUUGCCUUAGCCAUGUCCUUGCCUGCCCUUUUCAACAUCUGUCUUCUCCUUUUCCUUGUCAUGUUUAUUUAUGCCAUUUUUGGUAUGUCCUUCUUUAUGAAUGUUAAACACCGAUAUGGAAUUGAUGAUAACUUCAACUUUGAAACCUUUGGUCAGUCAAUGAUUAUUCUUUUCCAACUGUCCACCUCAGCAGGUUGGGAUGGUGUCCUAUCAGCUCUAAUGGAUGAGGAUGAUUGUGAGCCUAGAACCAGUACCUCAGAAGGAAAUUGUGGCACCAGGAGUAUUGCAGUUGCAUACCUUAUUUCAUAUUUAAUUAUUAGCUUUCUAAUUAUUAUUAACAUGUACAUAGCUGUUAUCUUGGAAAAUUAUAGUCAGGCUCAGGAGGAAGUUGAAGAAGGCUUGACUGAUGAUGAUUAUGACAUGUACUACGAAAUAUGGCAGAAAUUUGAUCCUCUUGGCUCACAAUACAUUCCUUAUGAAAAGUUAUCUGACUUCAUGGAUGCCCUUGAGUUUCCCCUUAGACAACCCAAACCUAACAAGUACAAAAUUAUUCGUAUGGAUAUCUCUAUCUGUGAGGGAGAACAAGUGUAUUGUGUUGACAUCUUAGAUGCCCUUACAAAGGAAUUCUUUGCUACAAAGGGCCAUGUAAUUGAAGAAACUGCAGAAUUAGCAGAAGCAGUCCCAGCUAAGGAUGAUAGGCAGUUCGGACAAGUGAGUAGUACCCUGUGGCGACAACGUGAGGAGUACUGUGCACGUGUGAUUCAGCAAGCAUUAAGACAUUUUAUAGAGGUAAAGAAGCUAGAUUCAGACCAAACACAAACUGCCAUUGCUAGUGAAGGGUAUGACCAUGUGACUAAUGACCAUAAAAUUAUGGUUCAUUCACGGUCACCCAGUGAAUCUAGUCAUUCCACAGAUGUGUGAUAAGCACUACAUUAUAUAGGUGAAGAUAUUUUGGACAGGCAGGUAGCCAACUGAUGAACUAUGUCAUUAUCAAGCUAUAUUUUUGUAUUCUUUAUGCAGAAGAGACCAGAUCAUUCUGCUUACAACACAUUGGUUGAUUAGUACAAUAACAAUGGUUUUCCACUUGUUAUUUUUCUAAAGAAUAUUAGUUAAAGUUUCAACGUCUUUACUGUGUACAUAUGCAAGUCUUAAGAAUCAAACCCUCUCUAACAGGCAUUAUUUGUUGAAAUUUAGACACAGUUUGUGUUUUGUUCCAGAAUGGACUUGAAGGUAUGCUUCCAAGAAAUUGUGGCUGGGUUGUCUAGUCACCUGGCCACUGUGGAAGGGUUUUAUUGAAAAUAAUGUUAUUGUACAGGAUUUUAAAGAAAUUUAUUAAUUGUACAUCUCAUUUGCCUAAUUACAUUCCAGCCCAAUUUAAAAAUGUCUUUAUUCCUUUUAGCUCUUAGUCUUAUUUUACAGUACUUAAGUGCUAAGCCAGACUCUCUGGCCUAAUUGAGUUUUUACAUUAAAUAGUCUUCACCAUAUCAGAAAGUUGUUUCUUCAUUUCUUAAAACAUUUUAUGAUUCUUCUUAGCUUCUUGUACUGUUUCUCUUAAUGAAUCAUCAGAAGGGCAAACAAUAUGAAGGCAUUGGUUCUACUUUUAAUAAAGUUAUUUGCCCAUCUUUUUUGUUCUUUAUUGGGCAAUUUCAGCUGUACAGUAAGUCAUCAUUUACAUUAAGUCUUCAUAAUGCUAACAACGCAUAAGUAAAGAAAGUAUAAAACUUUUAGAAAGGAUAAACUGUAUUUAUAACUAAUCAUUCCACCUGAUUUAUCUACUAUGCCACCCAUUCUCUGCUUUAGACCAACCAGCCCAAGGAACUAAUGAUUAAGAGCUGUUUUAUAACUUGUUGUACCUAAUCAUAACAUAUGGUCUGUCCUGUAUAAUAAGUUACCCUGUUAAAAUAUGUAUAUCUAUUUAAAUACAGAAAUACUUAUCUAUAUAAAGAGAAAGUACUUCCAAGAACUGCUCCCUAGCCCUGCUACUGGGAGUUAAGUGAUACUAAAGUGGUCUCAGGUGCCAGAGUCGAGAUAUGGGGGCAAGACUGCUUCACAAGGGCCAUUUUGUUUCUCAUGUGCCUUCACAGGUUGUCAUUUUCCAUGAGACUCAUCAUGCAUCUCAACGAUUGUGCAUCUGCAAUCAAUUUUUUUGAGCAUAAGUGAUGAUCCUUGUCUGUUUUGGUGCAAUGUGUUAGUUUCAUUACUCAAAGUUUAUCUUUGUUCAUAUUAUCCCAUAAGGUACUGCGGUGCUUUGAUCACGUCUUACACUUUGUUAAAAGCAAAUAAUUUAGCCUUUCUAAUAUUACUAUGCAUGAAAUUGAAAGCACCAGUUACCCUUGUGUUAUAGUAUGAAAAUGUACUGUAAACAUUUAGCUAACUUCAGUCUUUUUCAUUAAGCCCUCAUUUUGUGUUUAAAAGGAAUUUAGCUGAUCAACAUAGCUUUUGUCUGUAUUAGUUGGACUUGUUAUUUUUAGGUUAGGAACCCUAAUGCUGUAAGAAAUUGCAGAGAAUCAAAGAACAAUAUAACAAAUUUUGAGAAAGAAUUCAGCCAGUGGUGCACUUUAAUAUUGCUCCCAUCCCCUUUCCCAGUUCUUUACUCAAUUCAGCCUUUUCAAGAUGUUCUUACUUUGUAAAACGUUUUGAACUUCACAGUUUGUACUAUGUUCCCUGUACAUACAUCAUUGAAUAAAUUUUGAUAAUUUACCACAUGAA